AUGGCUAGGAGGACGGAGGGGGAGGAGGCGGAGAGCUCACGGCUGCUGGCUGCUGACUGGGGCUCGGACCCUCACACCGCGGCGUUCGGGCCCGGAUCUGCCCAGGAUGGCAGGGAUCCCUCCCACAAGACCUCACCUCCGCUCUGGACAUGGUUACUCCUCAUUGCCUCGGUGCUGGCCUUCUCCUCCUCGGGCAUUGUCUUCAGCAUGAUGCCCGAGGUGCCGGCCAUGACCCUGGCGGCCUGGCGUCUGCAGAUGACCACCGCUAUCAUGAUCCCCGCGGCUGUGUUCGAGGUAGUGGCCCAGAUGGACACCAACACGCGCUGGCGCCUGGCGCGGGCCGUCUGGACGCUGCUGCUCAAUGGCUCGCUCCUGGCGCUGCACUUUGGGCUGUGGGUGCUGUCGCUGAAGACCACCUCACUCCCGCACGCCAUGCUCUUCGUCUGCAUGGCGCCGGUCAUUGUGGCGCUGAGCAUGUGGAUCAUGCGCCAGCCCAUCUCCUGGGGUGAGCUGGGCGGGACGGCGCUGGGGACGGCGGGCGCCGCGUUGCUCGCGCUUUCCUCAGCCCACGGCGGCGCUGCGGGGCCUGGCGCCGCCUCCUGGCGCGGCGAUCUGGCGGCCCUCGCCGCCGCCGCGCUGUUCGUGGCCUACCUGAGCAUCGGCCGCCGCCUACGCGCCUGGAUGCCCAUCUUUACCUACUCCACUCUAGUGACGGGGGCGGGCGCGGCGGUGCUGACCCUGGCGGCGGCGUGCAUCGAGGGGUCCACCCCCCGCCACGACCCCCGCUCCACCCACUACGGCCUCUUCCAGUGGGCCUCCUCCGCGAGCUACUUUCCUAAAAUCGCCUACCUGGCGGUGGUGCCCGGCAUCCUGGGCCACACCGGCUUCAACGCCCUGGUCAAGUACAUGGACCCCCUCAUCCUCACCCUGGUCGGCACCAUGGAGCCGCUGGUGGGCUCCUUUGUGGGCCACGCGAUGGGGCUGGUGGAGCUGCCGCACCCCCUCACCUACAUCGGCGGCGCGGUGGUCCUGGCCUCCACCGUGAUCGUCUCCGUCGCGGGCCACCACCGGUAA